GGCACGGAGCGCGAGGUUUCUGUGCGGGAAGCACCGACAUCACCCCUACAGAGACACUCGAAUUCUUGCGGCAGGGAGGAGGGGGUGCCACCAUGACCUCACGUAGAAUCUCGUGGCGGCACCUACGAACACACCGCUAGCAUUGCAACAGGUGGGCCGAUCCAUCGGUGAACGAUCGCAAUCUCGCUCUUAGAUGAUAGCGGUGUUUUCGUGGUGCUUAUGGGGUCCUCCUCCCCCAUCUUUGUUUUGGCCUGGAUGCGCAAUGUCCGAUUCCAUCAACCCUUCGCUUUCCAUUGCCGUUAUUUGAACGAGCUGUGUGGCGCAAUCUCAUCGCAGUAGCCCUUCGUUCGGAGCAUUCCAUACACUCGUUUUCGCAAACCCGUUGCUUGGAAGGACAUCGGUGCAGUCGAAUUCCCCACCUGCAAUAUGCCAUUCAUGUGCUGGGGGUGCUGCUUGUCAUGCGAAAUGAAGAGUCAAAUAUUUCCUUACCUCCCUUCUUCAUCCUCAACGUGCGCCUUCCAUCGUUGAACACACCCUCGAGCGUCCACGACACGGCGCACGGAGCUGCUUGUGAGCAGUUCUUCGUGUUUCCCCGUGCCCGAUCGAUCCGCCCCCGGCAACGGCCCCUGAUCGAGGAGGUCUUGCCCAAACUGAAAAUUCAAACACAAAGCCACUGGCGCUCGCACUGCCGUAGCACUUCACGUGGCCACCCUCAUGAACGUGACUUGCCAUUAUUUGCCCAGUACAAAAGGACACCGCUCCAUGAUCGCAGCCGUAUUUUCACUCCGUGCACAUGAUGGCCACGACGGUCGCCUUCCAUGUCCACGUUGAAUUCUCGUCGAAUGGCACAAGAUCUCGACCAAGUUACUUGCUGCUUGGGGUGGGGGGGGUCAUAUAAAUUUUUAAUGUUACAGCUAAACAUGAUGAUGG